AAAACAAGAGUCUAAUGAACUUCUCUGCAUCUUAUCGGAACGUCAAUAUAAUUCUCCUUCCGCAUACAUGGUCCCUGCACGUAUAGCCACCUCUCAUAAUCCUGCUCAAGUUUAUCCUACCAAAGAUGGAUUGUC